AUGAGCACAUACCAUGGUGAUAAAGCAGAGUCAUCUGCAUCUUUUGGAGAACAAUUAGAAAAGAAGAACUCUAUUACCUCAAUUGAAACAGGCUUACAUACUAUUGAAGCAGAUGGGCCUAAAGCACAUAACGGUGUUGAGCCACACAUGGGAUUGAUGAGCAGUUGUAAUAUGAUUGUAGGCUUGAUUAUCGGCAGUGGUAUCUUUGCUUCUCCAGGUCCUGUGACUUUAAAGGUUGGAGCAGUAGCUCCUUCCCUCUUGGUUUGGACAGUAGGAGGUGUAUUAAGUAUGAUUGGCGCGCUAUGUUAUGCUGAAUUAGGCACAAUGAUUACAAAAUCAGGUGGUGAAUAUCAAUACUUGAAAUCAGCUUAUGGCAUCUGUCUUGGUUUGACAUUUACCUGGUCCAAUUUAUUAUUGACAAAUCCAAUCGGCACAGCAUCCAUCGCCACAGUGUUUGCGCAGUAUAUUCUACAAAUGGCCUAUUUCGAUCCCAACGAUCUUACUGGAGCAACUGUGGAAAUGCCCAACUAUGCACUCAAGUUAGUCACCAUAGGCUGUAUUUGGGUUGUUGUUCUCUUAAAUGCAUUUGGACGACGUGCAGGUGCCUUGGUUGCCAAUGUGUUUACAUUUGCAAAACUGAUUGCUUUGAUUAUGAUCAUUAUCAUUGGCUGGGUAUGGCUCGGUAAAGGACAUACAGAAAACUUUCAAAAUGCGUUUGACGGCAGUUCUCGUAAUGCAUUGGAUUAUGGAACAGCAAUGUAUAUGGCUCUCUUUUCCUACAAUGGCUGGAACAAUUUGAAUUAUGGCGUGGGCGAAGUCAAGAACCCCAAGCGUAACCUACCAUUAGCUAUCUUCAUUUCCUGUACACUCGUAACUACAGUCUAUGUACUUGGUAAUGUGGCCUAUUUUGCAACCCUUCCAAUCCAGACUGUAGCCACCUCAUCUACUGUUGCUAUGCAGCUUGGUCGUGUAGCUAUGGGUACAGGUGGUGCCUAUUUCUUUGCUGUCAUGGUCGUUCUCUCUACCUUUGGAGCAGUGAAUGGAAACAUCUGGGGUGCUUCUCGUUUAGUGAUGGCUGCUGCUAAUGAAGACAGUGUGUUUAUGCCACCAUUCUUUGGUAAGCUUAGUGAAAAACGUGACAGCCCGAUCCGUGCGCUUAUCUUGGUUGGUAUCAUUGCCACCAUCUGGUGUAUCCCUGGCGACUUUACUUAUCUGGCCAAAAUGUACAGUUUUACUGGAUGGCUCUUUUACGGAUUUGCUGUCUUUGGAUUAAUUCUCAUGAGAUUCAAGAAAAAGACUAGAGAUUUGCCUAGACCAUUCAAAGUGUGGUUACCUCUGGCUAUUUUCUUUGUCAUCAUUGACAUUUACUUGGUUAUUGCGCCUCUUAUUGAUGCUGGAUCCGCUGGUGUAUAUCAGUACAUUAUCUGUAUUAUCAUUGGACUUAUUGCUAUUCCCAUCUGGUUCAUUCGUGUACGUAAGCCUGGUUUAGGUCGACUUUUACUGGGCUGGAUCCCUGGAUAUCAAGAUGCUUGUAUCUUAGAGAAGAAGAGACUAGAAGCCGAUAGCAAAACCGAACUUUAA